GGCCACAAUCACUCGGCUCAACCGUCUCCACCACACGCUUAGUCCUCCUCUUGUUUUUUCAAUUUGUUUCCGGCGAAUCAGAAGAUAUUUGUUUGUUGUUGUUGUUCAUCAUGGCGGGCGCUUGCGGCACUUCGAUUAGGCAUCGUCUCAUUGGUUCUUCUUCGGUUGUUGAGCUUUCCAGGUUGAUUAAUCGAGCUGGUGUUCCUUUCUCUGUGCGGAUCUCUACUAGAACCAGAGGACACGGUGGUGGUUUAACUGCACCUUCCUCUCGUGAAGAAGGUCCUUCUUGUAUCUUCGUUGGACCGAUUGAUUCAGCACGCAAGGAAACUUUAGAAGCUCUUUAUCGCCAAGCUAAGGAUGCGUAUUACAAUGGCAAGCCUUUGAUAGUUGAUGACAUGUUUGACAGAGUUGAGCUUAAGUUGCGGUGGUAUGGUUCAAAAUCUGUUGUCAAAUACCCUCGGUGCAGCCUAUUGCGGCAGUCAACAUAUGCUGAUGCAGAGGAUGAUGCAUCACAAGUUGUCCUGUUAGCUACCAUAUGGAUCUUGAUUUUCUUAUUUGGUAGCUCGGCUUGUGUUUUGCCCACGUUUUAUGGCCUCGGCCUAGUCUAUGGAGGAGAUCCGUUGGACUCAGGGCUUAUCUAUAGCGGCCAAUUGUCAUCUUCUGUGCCUCUUUUGUCAAAGUUGAACGGCAUCCUUCUCACCGUGCUAGGGCCUGCUUUUGGAUAUCCGAUUGCAUCUUCUGCAGUAAAAGUACUUCAAGGGUUAUGGAGAAAUGACUUAACGGCUCUAAGAGGAGACUGCCCAAAUUGCGGGGAAGAGGUCUUUGCAUUCGUGAGAUCCGAUCAAUCAAACCGAUCAGCUCACAAAGCUGACUGUCAUGUUUGUGAGUGCACUCUGGAGUUUCGUACCAAAGUGGAGAAAUCUACAUCACGAUUGGGUAGAAAAUGGGUUUAUGGCAGGAUAUACCUUGUAUCAAGGCCAAGGAGAGAUCGGCGUUCCAAACUUACAUAAUCUGACAAAUGAAGAAAGAUUUUUGGGAAUUGGUUCUACUCAAUUGUGUAUUGUAAAAAGGAUAUACUAGAAAGCUUUUGUAACAUUCAAAAUAUUCAUAAAAUUGUUACUAUAACGUUUUGUC